CGCGCUGUCCGUCUCCGGGAGGGCAGCCGGUCAGCGCCCCGCCAUGGACCUGUGCUGCCUGCUGGGGUACCUGCUCACAGGAGUAGCCGUGAUACUCCUGCUGGCCUUCGUGGACCUGAAGCGACGCGGCUACUCCAGAGAGAUCAGCUGGCCGGACCUCCUGAAACUCUAUGUUCUCACCCAGCUGAGCAGCAUCAAAAUGUACCGCAUGCACAAGAAGUUCGAAAGGGAUGUCCGAAGCUUUGAGCAGGCGCAAUCAAUUUUCCUGAUGGACCGGAUCCGCCGCUCAGAAAAUACAGGCUUCGGAAGAGACAACGAUUUUUCCUCCAUCCGCAGCGUGUCAGACUUCCGACGGAGUAUGCCGUUGUUUGACUUCCCGCAAAUGGAGGACUACGUCAACCGUCUGGCCGACGGGGAGAAAUCAGCCCUCCUUGGCGACACGGAUGACGUCUUCAUUUUCAUCACAUCCUCAGGAACUACCGGCAGAAACAAGCGGAUCCCGAUGUCUCAGCAGGCCGCUAGGGACAUGCAGAACCAGGUGCUGUUUGGCCCGCUGCAGUGGGUCGUUCGCCGCCAUUUCCCCUGGAAUCUGAGGCGCAUUCUCAACGUGAACAACGGCCGUGUGCUGGAGAAGACCAAGGGCGGCUACACCGUCAGCGCCGCCGCGCACGUCGUCUACGCGCGCAUGAACACGCUGACGGCGGAGCUGUUCACCACGCCACUCGUCGGCCAGCAGGUGAAGAGCGAGUUCGAAUCUCACUACAUCCACGCACUUUUCGGCCUCUGCGACAAGCACAUCAGCGUGCUGCGCACAGUGUUCGUGUUCAACUUCCUGACGUUGAUGCGCCGCAUCCAGCAGAACCUGCCGGACCUACUGCGCGACAUGCGCCGCGGCCGCAUCAAGGAGGACCUGAACAUACCGCCCGACGUGAGGGAGGAGCUGAACCGCCACCUGAGGCCGACGCCGCAGCGGGCCGACGAGGUCGAGCGUGAGUUCGCCAAGGGCAUGGCCGGUAUCGUGCCGCGCCUCUGGCCGCAGAUGGAUCGCACCAGCGGCAUCUGGUCGGGCAGCACCAACGAGACGUACUACCGCGAGGCGCGCUACCUGCUUGGACCCGACAUCCCCAUGCUCAGCUUCACGUACAGCGCCUCGGAGGGCUACAUGGGCUCCAACAUCGACAGCUGGACCGGGCCGCCGCGCUACACGCUCAUUCCCGACAUCAUGUUCUACGAGUUCCUGCCCAUCGUCCACGACCGGAUCCCGGAGCUCGGCGAAAUCGACCGCCGGGACCUGCUGCUCGGCCACGAGCUGGAGGUCGGCAAAGAGUACGAGAUCAUCAUCACCAACUCGUCGGGCUUCUACCGGUACCGCGUCGGAGACGUCAUCAAGGUGGUGGGCUUCUACCAGCAGGCGCCGCAGAUCGAGUUCCUCUACAGGUCGGGCCAGUCGCUGAACGUCUGCGGCGAGAAGACCUCUGAGGAGGUGUUGUUCCGCGCGCUGCGCGACGCCGCCCGGCAGUGGCCCUCCCAGCUGAAGGACUACACGGCGGCCGUCAGCCAGUUCGCACUGCGCCGCCAGGGCGACCUCAGCCUCUGCUAUAUCCUCUUCAUCGAGCUGGAGGGCGAGCCGCUGACCGAGACUCAGACCGACCUGGUGGACGAGACACUGCGCGAGCAGUCGGAGGAGUACGCCAGCUACCGGACGCUGAGGAAGCUCUCCAAGAUGACCGUGCACCAGGUGGCGCCGGGCACCUUUGCCCGGUUCCGCUCGCACCUCAUUGAGACCACGGCCGUGGCCGCCAACCAGUUCAAGAUGCCGCGCGUGCUGAAGAGCCCGGACAGUGUCGCCUGGUUCAUGGACCACGUGCAGAAGUAGAGCGGACAGUAUCGCCUGAAGAGCCCGGACAGUGUCGCCUGGUUCAUGGACCACGUGCAGAAGUAGAGCGGACUGCCGGUGAUGGGUGACAUGUUCGACAGGAGAAAGACAAAACGAAAAUGUUGCCUUUUCAAUGCAAUUUGAAGAGUGAAUACCAGGGUCGGAGCUUCCUACCGAGGGGUGGGGCAGCUGCCCCAGCAAAUCAUUUUUCGCAUUGAGUAGCUUUGAAAUGUUUGCGUAAUGGAAAAGAUUAUCUCCAUGUAGGUUUGACGACAUUUUGCCCCGCAACCAAGAAAAGGCUCCACCAACUGAGCAAUGAUGAAAUGCAGAUGUGAUGCGUGUUUCUGUUUCUCCCGGAGUGUGAAGUAAUAGUAAAAAAGCAUGAUUUGAACACUGUCAAUUUCCUUGGACCUUAUUGAUCAGUAUCUGUAAGAAAUAAGAAUCUUGGUUGAUCCAGGUGGGGGACGGGACGUACGUGUAUAUCGCCUGAGGUGGUUGGAUGUCGAAUUGUUUCUUCACUUAAUGCUCAAUGCAAUCGCUGCGACUUUUUACAAGACCCUCUCGUGAUCAUUAUUCCUUCCUUUCAGCUGCUGAUCUCGCUAUUUUGACUAUCCCCACGCGAAAUAAGAUGAAUUAAGCCAACAUUAGGUUAAAAAAUGAAUAUUAUGACA